AUGGACCCUGCUGCCUUUGAGUCCUGGCGUGUCCCACUCGCGCAAUGGGGCCUCGUCCAGCUGGUGACGGGGUUGACCGUGGCUCUUACGCCGUCCCAAUCGGUUGCCCGGUCCCCGGCCGCGGCGAUCGUAAUAGCUCUAGCAUACUCGUUCCAGUCGCGCGUUGCGGAAUCAUUCGGGGACACUAGAGUGGGAGGGCCACUGGCGGCCAUGUGUUGGGUGAACGUGCUGAACGCGAUUGAUAUGCUGGUGUUGACUCGGGUGUCCUACGAGGCGCAGGCUGAGUGGGAGGAGGCCAAGAGGUCUGGCGGUAGAGCUCUGAAUUCCGGUUCCCUCACGUCAACCCUCUUCCGUCGACUUCUCUGGUCGCAAAACACAGCGUUCAACUAUCGCCGCAUCAACACGCCGUGGCAGAUUUCAAGACUCACCGUAUUCGACGAGACGAAUCCGCAGUAUGUACCGUCCCGUUUAAAGUUCGUGCUGCAGGCCAGCGUGAAGGUCUUGAUCGCGUUCCUACUGGUCCAUCUAUGCACCAUGGACCCCCAAGACCCUCGUCUGGCGGCUGCCAUAGCGGAACUAUCGCAUAGCAAGAGGGUUCUGGCCCCUUGGGAGCACGGGACGACGGCACGAACAAUCCUAGCGCAGGCGACGACGACCAUCUCGUUCGGGAUCGUAUGCAGGGCAUCCAUCAUAGGCAUAUACAGCCUUUGCGGCGUGGUGUUCGUCGGGUUAGGAAUCCACGACCCCGCGGACUGGCCACCGGUGGCCCAUUCACUGACAGAAGCGUGGUCCUUAACACGACUAUGGGGCACGGCGUGGCACCAAACCUUCCGCACGCUUCUCGUCUCCAACGCAGACUUCAUCUCCUUCUCGGUACUGCGGAUCCCCGCUAAGUCGCGGUGGGCCUGCUACCCCCGUGUGCUAUUCGCCUUUACCGUGUCCGGAUUCGUCCACAUGGGAAUGGACCUGGCGUUCGGCGUCCCCCGAGCCAAAACUGGGGCUGUGUGGUUCUUCUGUCUCCAGGCGCUUGGCGUUAUGUUGGAGAGUGUCGUCUCUUCAUUGUGUGGCGCGCGCAUUGAGAGACUGAAUCCGCUGUUUAGGCGGGUGCUGGGAUACGUGUGGGUGGGCCUGUUCCUCCUAUGGGCGACGCCGGUGUGGUUGAAUCCCAUCAUGCUUUGUCUAUACGAGGACGGCCAGCGGGCCAUGUCGCCGGUCCCGAUUAUUGGUGGUCUGCCUUUAGAGCGCUACUGGUAUUAG